AUGAUUACAAAGAAACCUCAUCUCGCCCAAAUCUUCUCGUCGAUUAUGACGGUCAAAGAGAUUCUUCCGUUCUACUCUCUCCCAGACUGAGUGCAUUUGUUCAUGACCAGGUUCACCUCCGAGUCCAGACGGAUCUGGUUGACCCAGAUCUACAAGUGGAGCAAGAUCUUUUCUCCUUGGAAAAAGUGAAUGUACCCAGUCUUUGUUAAGGAUUUGGAUCCAGUGACUACUAUUGGCCCUGGGUUGCUUCUGAAGUAUUGCUUCUGCGUGGAUUACAAAGAAAUUAAACAAGUAGUCAAGUUUGUUCAAGAGUCUCUUCCAAUAGAAAUAUAUUGUAUUCAGAUAGUAGAUCUAAAUUUUGCUACCAUUCUGAAUUUGAGAUCACCAGAUAUUUAUGGCAAAAAUUUAAGAGAAAAUAAAUACUCGAAGGAACUACAAGAUACAGUAAAGAGCUUGAAAGAUCUACUUGCUAGAAUUGAGGUUUUGUGAGAAAUAAUAAAUGAAAAAUAUGACAAAUUAGCAUUGGAAAAGUUAGAAAUCCAACAUUAUCAGUACAAAUUACACACAAAACUUAUCAAACUGUACAAGAUUCCUGAGAUUUUUAACAUAGAUAUAAGCGAAAUUUGGGCAGACAGAAUAUUACCGCUUGAUCCAUUAUCAAAUGUCUAUUUUGAUGAAGAUCUUUCAAGGCGUGAUGCACAUACUAUAAGAGUACAAUUAAUAAAACAAUUUUACAUCAAAAAUGACCGUGGUCUCAAAAACUUUACAGAUAAAGCAUUGAAAAAUACGAAUAUAUUUUUUGAAUCCAAGGAGGAGAUAUCAUUCGAUUUUUGAGAAGGAUUGGAUCCUCAUAAAAUUUACAAGAGCGGCACGCUUAAUACUAUCAAAAACAAAUGAGCUAGACUUGAGUCUUUGCAGUUUGAACAAGACACUGAAACUCCGAAGUAUGAAUGAGCUGUUGUUGUCCGAGAAGCAAUUGAAAUAUUCCCCCAUUGAGAGAUAAUAUUUUGCAUGGGAGCUUUAGUAAAUUUUUCAAAGUUUGAUAUUUCAUGCAGCAAGGCAGUUGUAACUUUCGUUGAAAAUGACAAACAAAUUACCUUCUACUUUAGAGAUUGAGAAAUGAAAACCAGUAAUGAUUUAUUUAUGAAUUCUGAAAAGCAUAUUCAAAUAGAUGGCAUUUUGGCAGUUUCAGCAAGAGUUUGAGGAAUUGACAUCCAGUCGAUAGAUGAUGAAAAUAAUGAAUAUCAGAAAUCUAAUAUUCAAGCAAAAGCACAGAUUCAAUGCCAAACUCAGUGAUGCCUAUAUGACCACAAACAAAUGUGCAAAAUACCUGUAGAGUUAAGUAUCAAUUUUGAAAGGUUUAUUGCUAAAACAAGAAUGGGAUCAUUGGAAACAAGCAUUUACGAGAAAAUAAAAACUGAAGCUGUGUUAUUAAACCUGAAUGAUCUAAAUAUAGGAUUUGAUACUUUAUUUCCAGAAGCAAUCUGAAUGGUCAAAUAUUUAGCAGAGAAAUGAAAGAGCAUCUGGAAAUGAGAAUUUAGGUUUAAGUUUCAAAAUGAUGAAGAAAGAGUGAAAAUAUUGAAGACAUUCUUCGAAAUCUUGAAAGACAAUAGCCAUAUCCAAGAAAUGAAUUUACUCUUUUACAAUGAAGACCCAAACCCAAAGCAAUGGAGAAUUAUUUAUACCCCUAUUGGACAAGUUUUGUCUUGAAGUCUGAGGCAUCGAUGAUGAUUACUCUUCACAGUUGAAGGGAAUUUUGUUCUAUCUCUAUGGAGGAUCUGGGGAAUCUUGAUGGCUGAGGUAGAAGGUAAAUUUUAAAUGAUGGCUUUGGCAUAGGAGGAUUCAGACUUCUUUCUGAGUGUUGGUGGAUUUGAUUUUGGUGAGGAUUUUAGGUUAUUUUGGUAAACCUGAAUGUUACCUGAACAGGAGUUAGGAGAGGGGAGUAGAGGGGAAGGUAGAAGAGGCUCCAUUCUGAGGUUUAGAAGAGUUGUCUGUUAGAUGGUCAAUUGUUUAGUAUUGGAGUAGUAGCAUCAUAUCCAAACUUCUGAUUCAGUGAUAGCCAUCUUCUUAAUCUUCUGAGAAAGAAGAAUGUUUUAGAAGGAGUUUAUAUUUUCCUUAAUAAUCAUGCAAAGCCAGACUCCUUUAUAUCAGAUUGUUAGCAUUAUCUUCAAGGAUUCUGAAACUAUUUCAUUUAAGAUUCUGUGCUUAGUCCUCUUAUUCUUCAUGAAUAUAUUUGAUGUCAACCUCUACCAACAGUGCACUCUUCCAGAUUCCAAAUCAAUCACUUGUCAUUGAGAUGUCUCACAAAAUCUACUAUAAAAAAGCUUCUUAUCUCUUUUAUUCUACUUUGUCUUAGUCCUUUGGUUUUCGACUGAUUUUUUUGAAAAGUAGUUAACACAAAUCUUUCAUAACAUUCCUAACAAAAUGGUAAGGAUAUUCAAUCCCUUUUGGUAAACAAUUAGCCGAGGAUAUCACCUACAGUUCAAGGAGAUGAGUUGUCAUUGAUAUAGCUAUUAAUUAUACAGACUAUUUUUGAUGAAUCUUCUUCAUUAAGUGUUUGGACAUUCCUCCUACUAGGUCUCCCAAAUAAUACUGCUUCUGGUUUUUAAUAUUGUAGAUGGCAAACUGAAUCAGUUAUACUUUUUGUAGCCUCCUUUACACACAAAUUAUUAAGCUCGAAAUAAUCAAACUCUAUAUCAUCAAGAAUGCAGUGGUAGGUUUUCUUAACAAAUUUUUGGCUCCUUCCUCUCAGUCGUCUUGUCUUAUUGGAUAUUUCAGAUUCAAUUUCUCAAAGAAAAGCCUUCAGACUUACACUACUUUUUUACAAGCAGGAGCAAGGGAAAAUUCUUUGCUAAUGUCUGAUGAUACUCUUUAGUAUAUCAUCCUUCUCAAUUGUUGAGGGCUGGAUUCUGGAGUAAGCUUUUGAAGUGAAACAAUCAACAUUUAAUGGGUUCCUAAAUUAGAGUCUUCUACUUCUUUUGCUCUAUUAUUUGCUUGGUCGUAAAGAUUAGAUUAACU